AUGCCGGCACCCAAGCAGAGAAAGAUGGCCAUUGUCGGCAGCAGGGCUGUCGGCAAAUCGAGCCUGACAGUACAGUUUGUCGAUGGUCAUUUCGUCGACAGCUACUAUCCGACGAUUGAGAACACGUUCAGCAAGAUGAUUCGUUAUAAGAACCAGGAGUUUGCGACGGAGAUUAUUGAUACGGCCGGUCAGGAUGAAUACAGUAUCCUCAACUCGAAGCACUUUAUCGGCAUUCACGGCUACAUGAUUGUUUACUCGGUCGCCAGCAAGCAGAGCUUUGAAAUGGCGCGCAUCAUCCGCGACAAGAUCCUCAACCACCUCGCCGUCGAGUGGGUCCCCCUCAUCAUCGUAGGCAACAAGUCCGAUCUCCGCCCCGAACAACGCCAGGUCACUCCAGAAGACGGCAAAGCGCUCGCCGAAGAGUUCAAAUGCGCAUGGACAGAGGCCAGCGCGCGGUACAACGAGAACGUGCAGAAGGCGUUUGAGCUCAUGGUCGGCGAGGUCGAGCGCAGCCAGAACCCCGGCUUCGAGGACCACCGCAAGACACAAUAUGCAGCCACCCAGAUUGGCUCCAGCAUCAAUGUCCUGCAGAAGCAGGUGGGGCAGAAGAAGAAGGCCAAGGAGAACGCCGACGACCUGCUCGCAGAGAUGAAGAAGCUCAAGGACGAGAAGGCGGCCAAGGAAGCUGAGGCGAACGAGAAGCUCGACAAGCUCAAUGCCAAAGCCAAGACGGUGGGCAACUACGUGCACAAGGACGUCCCCAUCUCAAACACCGAGGACGACAACGAGGUGGUGAAGACAUGGGCGCCCGAGGACCGGAAACCAGAGUUCAAGAAGGACGGCAUCCCGCACCACGGCGUGCUCGCACGAAUCAACGGCUACGACCCUGAGCGCGGCGUCAAAAUCGUCGGCCACCGAGGUUACUGCUUGAUCGGCUACGGUCUGUUCCUCAACCUCGCCCUCGUCAACUAUGGCCUCGAGUUUCUCUUCAAGAAGGGCUACACGCCCAACCAGCCUCCCUUCUUCAUGCUGCGCGACCAGAUGGCCAAGACGGCCCAGCUCUCCGACUUUGACGAGGAACUGUACAAGGUUACCGAGAGCAAGGACAAGCCUGAGACGGACAAGUACCUCAUUGCCACGUCGGAACAGCCCAUCUCCGCGCUGCACUCGGAGGAGUGGCUAGGCGAGAAGGACUUGCCCAUCAAGUACGCGGGAUACUCGACCAACUUCCGGAAAGAAGCCGGGUCGCAUGGCAAAGAUGCAUGGGGUAUCUUCCGGAUACAUCAGUUCGAGAAGGUAGAGCAAUUCCUGAUCACGCACCCGGAGAAGUCAUGGGAGGCCUUCAACGACAUGCUCGCUACGUCUGAGGAGUUCUACCAGAGCCUGGGCCUGCCAUACCACGUUAUCAACAUCGUCAGUGGGGCGCUGAACAACGCGGCCUCUAUGAAGCGCGAUCUCGAGGCGUGGUUCCCCGUCACCGGCGGCGGCGAGUACAAGGAACUCGUCUCCAUCUCAAACUGCACAGAUUACCAGACACGCGAGCUGGAGAUUCGGUUCGGCGUCAAGAAGCAGACUGCCACGCGCAAGGAAUACGUUCACGCGCUGAACGGAACUCUCUGCGCAACUGAGCGAACCCUCUGCUGUCUCCUCGAGAACUACCAAGAUCCUGAGAACGAAUGCAUUAUCGUGCCUGAAGUGCUCAGGAAAUAUAUCCCUGGCCAGCCUGAGACGCUGCCGUAUGUCAAGGAGUGGACGCCCCCGAAGGAUGUCAAGGCCACUCUUCCCGAUCGGACGAAAUGA